CGCAGCGGUGACCGCAGGCCCUGGGGCUUCUAGCGCACGGGCGUAUUCUUAUCCACACGCCGCACGCAUUGCACGUGAGAGACACGCGCAGAGACGAAGAGGAGGAGGAGAGGGAGAGAGCGGCACGCAGACAGCAAGCAGCCACUGCUCGGCCACUCGCAAGAUCUCUCCGCCUGCCACAGAGACACGAGGAUGUCCCGGCGUGCCCUGCUCACGCUCGUGCUGCUCUGGAGCCUGGGGCUGGCGCUGGGCGCGGCGCGCAAGGCGCGGGUGGUGCCACAGGGCGCCAUCCCUCCGCCCGACAAGGAGCGGCCCAACACGUCCGACGCGAAGCCGACCAAGGCGAGGGACAAGCAGAUCCUGGACUCGAGCCACGAGGCGCUGAUCAUCACCGAGCGGCGCUACCUGAAGCAGGACUGGUGCAAGUCACAGCCCCUGCGGCAGACCAUCACCGAGGAGGGCUGUCUGAGCCACACCAUCAUCAACCGCUUCUGCUACGGCCAGUGCAACUCGUUCUACAUCCCGCGCCACGGGCGCCAGGGCGAGGAGGACGCAUUUAAGUCGUGCGCCUUCUGCCGUCCGCAGAAGAUCAUCUCCACCGUGGUGGAGCUGCAGUGCCCCGACCUGCAGCCGCCCUUCAAGCUGAAGCGGGUGCAGAAGGUGAAGACGUGCCGCUGCACGGCGGUGGACAUCAAGGACCUGUGAAGGACGACGCGAGAGGGCCUCCCCCCCCUCCCCCCCGCGAUGACCCCACGAUGGUGGACAACGCGCUCAAAUAUGUUUUGAUCCCCCUUGUUUUUUUUAUACGGCUAUUUAUUUGAUUUUGCUCGAGCAGCGACUGAUGUAUUUUUCUACGCGUGCGAAUGCUGCGACGUAUAUAUAUACAUUUUUUUUUAUUCCUCCCAGCGCCUCUACAGUUUCCGUGCCGGAUAAUAACGUCUAGCUGCACACAACGACGACCAUCCCCAACGGAACGGCCUUAGCGGACUGCUGCGGCGAGUGCUGUUAGCGAGCACCUAUGAAGGCCGGGCACGGCGCACGAGGGGGUGCGUGGCCAACACCUAACGCCCGACCGGCCUUUGUCUCUCCCAGUGGCGGUGUUUUUACACACCGCACUAGGUACUCAUUUGAUGCUGAGUCGACCUAGGGGAGGCCCAGAACCGGUUCAGAUAAUCGUCACCGGCGGUGUUGGGCCGUGAGCGGGAAAUCGAACUCGGCUCGCCGGGUUCGUAGCGCGGUGGAGCGAGCGCGCUAACCGCGACACUAACCGCUCCCCUAGCACACAACAACAACAACAACAACAACACAACAACAACAACACAACAACAACAACACAACCCGCUGGCAACCUGUGGGAGUGACUGCGGCGCGUGCUGCCGAGUGCCGAGUGAACGGAACCAGCUUCCAGUUGGUCGUGUUGUGCAGCAAUUGUCAACAGAAGGGGGUUUCCUCUCCACGAUCCGUCUGCCGGAACGGCCGAUGUCUGUUUUAAUCUCUUGUUCCGAAAACUGGUUUGGUCGGCACCGACACGUCCCGUCUCCAGAUUUGUCAUCGUCACCAAAAAGAUGAAGAAUGUGGACCGGCUAUGAGAGAUGAAAAGUUGACAAUCUUACGAAUCUUGCUUUGUUUCCUAUGAUUCCCGCAACGCGAGGUGGAACACUCGCUCACGGUCAACAUCCUGUACAGACACGUGGUGAGUUUGGAGACAUAUAAUAAACUUUGCUGUACAAUAUAUAGUCUAUAUAUAUAGAUGAUGCUGUAUUUAUAGGACAAUUGCGUUGCUCACUGACAGCGUAUACUAUGUUUAUAAAUGUAUAUUGCGGUGUUUAGACAUCAUUAUAAAUAUAUUUUUUUCUAGCAUUCCCUAAGUAUCGCCAAAGAUACAUCGACCAAAUGCACGCGAGCAUCGACUUUGUAGUUAUUUCUUGACUUAAAACUUCGCGACUGCGGGAAUUCAUAUUCUUUGGGGUUUUCGGUCAAGCCACGUAAAUAGAAAAAUAAGAAAAUUAUCGCGACGUUUCGAUCGCAACGCAGGCAAUCCGCAUCAGGCGAGAGAGCUGCCGAGGCAGGAGAACAUCUAUGUUAUCACCUGAUGACGAUUGCUUGCGUUGCGAUCGAAACGUCGCGAUAAUUGUCUUACUUGUCUAUCUAUUUGUCUUUACCGAAAGACCCAAAUAAUUAUUCGUAGUUAGCAAAAAAACAACCCCCCCUCCCCCCCCAACAUCGAUGUUGAAGACGCGCAGCGCGAGAGACGCACGGCGCGUGUUCGCAGCCACCGGCCUGGCAAUUGAACAGCGCGCCAGGGUCAUCGCGAGCGGCGUGCUGGUGGUCGAUCGCUGUGACUUACAACAUCUCAGCUCGGUGGGGGGGGGGGGGGGAGAAUGAAACCAACUGCUGGAUCGAAGGCCUCCCCCUCCGAUCACCGCGAUGUUAACAAUCCACCCACCCAGCGCCCGUUCCACACGCGAGCUCAUUUCAUCGCUCCAUCUCCUUCCACGGCGGUCUCCCCUCCCCUCGGACGCGUUCCGUUCCCCGGCUGCCUGCCACUCCGCCCGUCACCGUCCCUUCUCUCGGCCGUGACGAGUGCUGUCCCGAGCACCCCGCCACUCCUCCUCGUCACACUUCGAGUGGUGAUGUCAUUCGCCUGCGUUAGUCCUCGGAGCCCCGUGACAGGCAGAGUCAAUGGGGGGGGGGGGGGGGGUUGCUGUGGAUGGAUUCGUGCUCCCACCGUGGGAGUUUGAAACAUUCGCCGUUUGGCUCGGGAAGUGGACCAACAGCGGAAGAGGGGAACCCCCCCCCCACCUCCCCCAUGCUUAUUCGAGCAGGGAGAGAGAGACACACACACACGGAUGGUUGCGAUUCGCAUCGUACGGGCUAAUAGUAACCCGCGUUUUAACAUGAGUCGAAAUUUUAUCUUUGAAUCGAGGAAUCAGCUCGGCGUUCGCAAGACGCGUAUUCGCGGUGCGCGUGUGCUGCAAAUGUGUUGGGAAGUGUUUGUAAAUUAAAGGAGACGUCUUAUAUCGCAUCGCGUAUUUAGCUUUAAAAUGGUUCCGUAUGGGACACCGGUACAAGGAGGGGUGCGUUCCUCCUCGCGACUGUCUGGCUGUACAACUGUACCCUAAUUAUUUAAAGCCCAAAUACAAUAAAGCUGGCGAAAUGCGGUUCA